GGGUGUUUUCGAGGCUUUUCAUCCGAUUAUGUCAGCCACAGUGGGUGGCGGCCUGAUGGCCUUGUUCACGCCUGAGGCUGGAAACAAGGGACCCGCCAAUCACCGGCGGCAAAAAUGACCGCCUGGCGGCAGAAUUCGGGACCGCCGAAGCAUCCCCGACAGGCCGGGAUUCUUUUCUGGAUCGCCAGGUUGAUUGCGCCCUCUCUUGGUCUGCUGCUAUAGAUAUCAGCCCCUUCUUGUCAGAAGAGCUGGCUUUCCCCUGUGCCGACCAGGCGAUGACCGUAUGAUACUACUACUAAGUGCUAAUACUUGAAGCCUGUCAUUAUUCUUCUCUCCACAGAACCAAUUGUCUUGACUACAAUUCUCUCCACAUACGCCCAUCAUGGUGGUUUUAAAAAACACCAAGUCCUUGGUGCUACGCUAUUCCCCCGUCAACAAACCAUCUCACGUCGCCAUGCGGUACUUAAGCGCCGAAGUCCACCCCCUCCGGCCUAAGAUCGCACACAUGUAUGCAACCCGCGACAAGGACACGCUAUGGUGGAUGGUAAAUCCAUCCUAUCUGAUGUCCUCGAAAAUGAAACGCCUGGUUCGAUCAUGGUGUAGCCGACGAGCCCGGACGGCCUUCCGGCAAGCGCUGAAAGAGCACGGCUUUGACACGGACGGUCGAAGAAUCAGAGAUGAACCACUGGACUCUAGAGAUAGAGGAAAGGAUCUGAAGGGCAAUGUUGAAUUGUUGCUUCAUGCGGAGAUCAUGCGGAUGCGAUUCGAGGACAUACGGAAGGAGAUGAGUGCUGGAGUGGGUGCUUUGGUAGAUAGAAUGGAGAAAAAGAAUGCGCCGCUGAAAUCGGGGAAAAAGCAAAAGAAAACAGAGGCGGAUGCAGACGAUUAACAGGAUGAGAUAUCAUGAUCCUAUCGGCAAAAUACCCGUAGUAAAGGAGUUGUGGAUAUUGACUCGAUUCUACUGUAUAUUUGUAUAGCAAGUUGGGGGAAAUAUACUUACUAACCCCCUUGCGAUGUGCUGCGUAGGACAUGCAGCGCUUUUACUGUCAGUCAAGCAUACUACUAUCCAAGAGUCUAAGACAUGAAUGAUAUCUGGUGUCAAUCGAGUAUGUCCGUCGAGACUGGGAAUGAUCGAGGCAUAUCAU